AUGAUUAACUUCACAAUGGCAGAACUCACAGUGGAGAAUGGCAGCUGUAUGGACUGGCAAAAGCGAUGCCUUGUGUUGGAGUCACAGCUCUUCAAAUUCCGCUUGCAGGCAAGCAAGAUCCGAGAGCUGUUAGCUGAGAAGAUGCAGGAAUUGGAGCAGAGAGUGAUAGAAGCAGAGCAAAGAGCUGAGGAUGCAGAGAAACAGGUCAGAGUCAUGGAAGAGAAGAUAAAACUAGCCAGCAUGAAGACUGGUGAAUGUGACAGCACCCUGCACAAGAAGUACCAGGAGCUGAUGUGCACCGUGCAAGGAAAAGAGGAUCUGAUCAACAAAUUAGAGACACAGCUAGCAAAACAGAAACAGCUGAGGACUGAGGAAGCCAAAAUUGUUCAAGAGAAAGCUGCCAAGAUCAAAGAGUGGGUAACAUUUAAGCUCAGGGAGCUUGAGCUAGAAAAUUACCACCUGAAAAACUGUAACCAGAGACUGAUGGAGCAAAUUGAAACUCUUCAGGAUACAUUGCAAGAUAUGACCAGCAUUCCUCCCUUUGAAUCUCUUUGGAGCUGUGAUUCCCUGCAGCCCCGAGCAUCGCAGGCCUCUUUUGCUGAGGAGAUAGACCAGAAAUCUGUGUUCCUUGCACCUGGUUUCAGAGAGGUGUGUCAGACAGGACCUUCCAAACAUGUCCUCUCUUCAGCAAACAUAGUCCUCGCCAAUGACACCUUUACUGAGAACAGCAAGGAUAAACCUCUGCUUUCCCAGAGCAUGCUGAAGCUCAUGUCUGACCCAUCAAGCUGGAAUCUCUCCACAGAGAAAAAUGUAUUUCCAGCCAUAAGUCCUGAACAUGGUUUAGGGUGCUCUGGUCCCAUAUCACUGGACCCCCCAGCUGAGACCACAAGAAUUCUUGAGGCUUUGACUUUCCAAUCAUCUUUGGAAGGAAGUAGUGCUGUGAGCACCUUGCAACAAGUGGGUUUGGAUGGCACCCAUUUCUCUGAUGAUUUGAGUGCCAGAUUCCAUUCUCACCGGCUGGACUCCUCUUCCUCAGGAGAAAUAAUGAGCAUGCUUGAGGGCCAUCUCCAAACUGCUGAGCCACCUCUGGUUGUAUCAACGUCAGCUAUUACAGCACAUUCCUUCUAUCCAGGGAGGGAGUGCAGCCUUGGGACUAGUAUGACCUUUCCAAAAAUACGAGCACCCAAUACACCAAGAGACAGCAUCCAACUAGCCAAGAGACAUCACAGCCAACCACAGUCAGGGGCUAAUUCUUUCCAUCAUGUAAUGCACUUAGAGACUAGCACUUUUCAGCCCAUAACAGACCCUCCAGUCAGCUGUGGGCAUGUGGAGGAGACAGACAUUGAUGAUGAUGGAGUAAUGGAGAAGAUGGAGACAGUAUGUGGCCUGCUGAGGGGAGAAGCUGGAACGUGUGAGGGAAUGUACCACUUACCUGCAGAGCAAAGAGAAGCUGUGAGUUCUGAGGCUGGCACACUUGACCUGGGAUGUAAACCUCCCACACCACCACUGCACCGAUUCCCAUCAUGGGAGAGCCGAAUCUAUGCUGUGGCCGAGUCUGGCAUGAGGGUGUCUGAAAUGGCCAUGGUGAAUGAGACUUCCAGCUGCUUUUCCAAUUUCUCGUGUUCAGCUUCUGGGCCAUUUACCUAUCUCAUCUACAGAAAUGUCACAGUGCCAGUCUACACUACGCUGAAGGGGAAAGCCACACAGAUCAGCAAUGUGCCUUUCUUAGAUGAGUCUUCAGGCUCUGAUGAUGACUGUGGGUCCCAUGCCAGCUUCAGGACUUCAACUGCUGGAUCCGAGAACAGGAAAGCUAGCAUGCCAGGCAGCCCUCGUGCUGUGAAGAGAGGUGUAUCUGUGUCCUCACUGAGCUCUGAGAGUGACUAUGCCAUCCCUCCUGAUGCCUACUCCUUGGAUGGUGACUAUUCAGAGCCAGAACAUAAGCUACAGCGAACAUCUUCCUAUUCCACUGAUGGUGGAAUCUGCACUGAACCCAUGGAGAAAUCAGGCUACUUGCUGAAAAUGGGCAGCCAGGUAAAGACAUGGAAAAGACGAUGGUUUGUUCUCAGAAACAGACAAAUCAUGUACUACAAGUCCCCGAGUGAUGUUAUCCACAAACCACAAGGGCAGCUGGAGCUGAAUUCUUCAUGCCAAAUUUUCAGGGGUGAAGGGUCCCAAACAUUCCAGCUUGUGACAGAAAAGAGAACCUACUUCCUGACAGCAGACUCUCCCAACAUCCUGGAGGAAUGGAUUCAUGUCCUACAGAGUAUCCUGAGAGUACAAGUGAGCGGACCUGCUGGUGUUCCUCACAGUGAUGCUAAACCUACUGUGAAAGGCUGGCUCACCAAGGUCAAGCAUGGUCACUCUAAGCUGGUCUGGUGUGCACUGAUUGGAAAAACUUUCUACUAUUAUCGAAAUCAUGAAGAUAAGUGUCCUUUAGGGCAUCUGCCUCUGCGUGAGUCCAAGGUGGAAGAAGUAGACCGUUCCUGUGACUCUGAUGAAGAUUAUGAAACCACUGGUGGAGGACUUCUCUCAUCCCACUGUACACUGGUGAUUCACCCACAGGACCAGAGUCCCACAUAUUUACUUAUCCGCACCAAACAGGAGAAGAACACCUGGCUGUACCAUCUGACUGUUGCAGCUGGUAGCAGUAAUGCCGCGGUGGGCACAUCAUACGAACAGCUCAUUGGAAAGCUACUGGAUGCAGAGGGAGACCCUAAUUCUCCUCUGUGGAAGCAUCCUAUGUUGUGCUACAGUAAAGAUGGGUUGCACACAUCCCUCACUACUCUGCCAUCAGAGGCUCUACAGACUGAAGCCCUGAAACUUUUUAAGUCCUGUCAGCUGUUCAUCAAUGUUCCUGUGGAGGCAUCCUCUAUUGAUUACCAUGUGUCACUUGCCCAGACAGCACUGCAGGUGUGCUUGACACAUACCGAGCUGCAGAAUGAAAUUUACUGUCAGCUUGUUAAACAGACCAGCUGCCGACAACCCCAAAACCACUCAGUCAUUCAGUGCUGGCAGCUCCUGGCUUUAUGUGCUCCUCUAUUCCUGCCUCAACAUCACUUCCUCUGGUACAUCAAACAGCACUUGCAGCGACAUGCAGACCCCAGGAGUGAGAUAGGCAAGUAUGCCAUCUACUGCCAGAGAUCAGUAGACCGCACCGUGCAGGCUGGAGAGCGGGAAGCCAAGCCCUCCCGGAUGGAGAUUGUGUCAAUCCUGCUGAGAAAUCCCUACCACCACUCACUCCCCUUCAGCAUCCCAGUGCACUUCAUGAAUGGAACGUACCAGGUUGUAGGUUUUGAUGGUUCCUCAUCAGUUGAUGAAUUCAUCCAGAGACUGAACCAGGAAACAGGAAUGAGGAAGCCAUCCCAUAUGGGAUUUUCUUUGUUCACAGAUGAUCCUUCUGGCAGGAAUUUGGAACACUGUUUGCCCGGCAAUAUGAAGAUCUGUGAUGUCAUUUCUAAAUGGGAACAAGCCUUAAAAGAGUUGCAUCCUGGGAAAUAUGAAGGUGGCACAAGAAUUGUAAAGUUGACCUAUAAGAACAGACUGUAUUUUCGGAGCCAGGCCAAAGGUGAGACAGACCGUGAGCGGUUGCUACUGGCCUUCCAAGUGAGCAAUGAAAUAGCCAAUGGAAGGUUUCCUGUUAAUAAGGAGCUAGCUCUGGAAAUGGUGGCUCUAAUGGCUCAGGUGGAAUAUGGGGAUUUGGAUCGACCAGGAUCUUCAGGUCCUGGGGGAACAUCACAAUUGAAAAUGCAGCAUCUUCUCCACCAAGUUUUAGAUAAAUUCUACCCCAAACACUACAAGCAAAACAUUAGUCCUGAACAGCUCAGGCAACUGACAGACAGGCUGGCGACAAAGUGGAUGGUGCUGCAGGGAUGCUCUCCACCAGAAUGCAUUCGAAUUUAUUUGACAGUGGCCAGGAAAUGGCCUCUCUUUGGAACCAAAAUAUUUGCUGCUAAGCCUAUUUUGCCUUCCUCAUUGGAAGACUGUCCAGUCUGGAUAGCUGUGAAUGAAGAUGGUAUCAGCAUACUGGAUUAUAACACAAUGCAUUUGAAGGUGUCUUAUUCAUACUCCUCUGUGCUGACCUUUGGAGGCUGUCGAGAUGACUUCAUGAUUGUAGUCAGUCAAACUAAAGAAAGAAGUUCUGGAAAAAAUAGCACUGAAAAACUCCUCUUCACAAUGGCAAUUCCAAAGAUUGUUGAAGCAACACUUCUGAUUGCCAGCUACAUUAACUAUCAUUCAACUCCUUCACUGCUGUCUUCCACACAGCCCUCACGAAGCAAAACACCUGCUAAGAAGCCCUGGGAGACUGAAAACCGGUGCUUUUUUCCUUCUGUGCCCCGAAGCACAAAGGGGCCCACCCUGCUCUAA